AUGACUCAAUUGAGUUCUUCUAUUGUCGCCGCGGUCAGCCUGGGGCUGGGGCUGGCGUUGCUCGUGGUGCUGGUCCGUGGCUUUCGGAAUGAACUCAAGAAAGUGCCGGGCCCGUGGCACACGCUCUUCACGGACCUGGCGCUGAAGAUAUCCAUCAUCACCGGCCGCCGCAUGUACUAUGUCGACUCGCUGUACAAGAAAUACGGCCCGUAUGUGCGCAUCGCGCCGCACGAGGUCGCGGUCAACGAUCCGGCCGGCUUCGCCCAGAUCCACAAGAUCCCCGGCUUCGACAAGAGCGAGUGGUACACGGGCCUGACGGGCCUGCCGCGCCAGAUGGUCUUCAGCAUGACCGACUCCAAGAUGCAUGCGGCCAGACGCCGGCUCUUUGCGAGGCCCUUCUCCAGGACGUUUCUGUUGCAGCAUUGGCACGAUACCAUCCGGGACAUGACCAAGUUUGCGGUGCAUCGCAUCCACGGCGAGGCUGUUUCUGCUGCGCCAUCGACAAUCGCGGUCGAUGUCAUGAAGUGGUGGACGUUCAUGUCCACAGACAUCUCGGGCCGAUUGAUGUAUGGGCACUCAUUUGGCAAUCUCGAGACUGGACAGGCGACGUUGAAGCUCAUGAUGAUGAACGGCAAGGUGAACGGGGCGGUGAAUGAAUUCCCCUUCCUGAAAGUGGUGGGGAGGGUUCUGCGGUAUCUCCCCAUCCCGGCCGUGCAGGAGAUCCUCUGCCUCAACGAGAUCCUCAUCGAGCAGGGCCGGUCGCUCCUGGGCAGCGUGCGCGCCAGCGACUCGAACAGCAACAUCUUCUCCAACAUAGCGGCCGAAGCCGAGAAAGGCGAGCGCACCGGCCUGGACGAGGAGGACGUGCUCAUCGAGGCCUCGGGCGUCAUCAUCGCCGCCAGCGACACCACCGCCAUCACACUCACCUACCUCGUCUGGGCCGUGCUGUCCCGGCCCCUGCUGCAGAAGGCCCUGGAGGACGAAGUCGACCGUCUGCCGGACGACUUUGGUGACGCCGACCUGGAGAAACUGCCCCUGCUGAGGGCCGUCAUCGACGAGACUCUGCGACUGUACGGCGCCGCCCCGGGCGGUCUUCCGCGAAGUGUUCCCGCCGACGGCGCUCUCAUGCACGGCUAUUUCUUCCCAGGGGGCACCACCGUUACUACGCAGGCUUGGUCGCUCCAUCGCGAUCCGGAGCUUUUCCCCAACCCACUUGAGUUCUCUCCGUCACGUUGGCUCAACGACGAGGUCAGCCCGGCUGCGAAGAAGAUCUACCAUCCCUUUGGCGCCGGCGCUCGCUCAUGUCUCGGCGUGAACUUCGCCUCCAUGAUGCUGAGACUCGCCACCGCCGAAUUCUUCCGCAAGUGCAAGGGCGCCCAAUUGGCCAGUUCGACCACCGACGAGUCCAUGACUCCGGAGAACUACUUCCUGAUUGCGCCCAAGAGCCACAAGUGCGAGAUCGUGCUGCCUCAAGCUCAAGCUCAGGCUUGA